GGGCCGCCCAGUCACGUGCCGCCGCGGCCGCCGCGCGCACCGGGAGCGGACCGGAGCAUGGCAGCGCUGGCGGCCGCGUCCCCCGGCGGGGAUGAGGCUCUGGAGGAGGACGAGGAUGAGCUGGAGCCGGGGCUGGACGAGGCGGAGGCCGAAGCAGAGGCCGGGAGCGGGGCGAGGCCCGCGGGGGGGUCCCGGGGGGCCGUGCUCACCCGGCGCGGCAUCACCCUGCGCGUCCUGCUCGGAGACGGGCUCCUGGAGCCGGCCCGCGGCGUCCUCUCCAUCUAUUACCUGGGCAAGAAGUUCGUGGGGGACCUGGGUGCCGACGGCACCAUCACGUGGCAGGAGACCGGGCAGGUCUUCAACUCGCCCAGCGCCUGGGCCACGCACUGCAAGCGCCUGGUGAACCCUGCCAAGAAGUCCGGCUGUGGCUGGGCCUCCGUGCGCUACAAGGGCCAGAAGCUGGACCAGUACAAAGCCGCGUGGCUGCGGCAGCACCAGCCCAACGCGCCGCCCGCCGACGAGAGCCUGGCCAGCGAGGGCGAGGAUGAGGAGGUGCUGGAGGAGGAAGAGGAGGAGGCGGCGCGCGAGGGCCGGGCGCCGGUGCCGGAGCCGGUGCCUGCCAAGAAGCCGGAGGAGAGGAGCAAGAAGCAGCAGAGCAAGAGCGCGGUGGAGCCGGCGGGGACGGAGCACGGAGCCCCGGCCAAGAGGAUGGAGGGCAAAGCCCGCGCGCCCGUGCGGUACUGCAGCCUGGGCACCCGCGACUCCGCCAGGAACCCGCAGACCCUGGUGGAGGUGACGUCCUUCGCCGCCAUCAACAAGUUCCAGCCCUUCAACGUGGCCAUUUCCAGCAACGUCCUCCUGCUCCUGGAUUUCCACAGCCACCUGACGCGCAGCGAAGUCGUGGGCUACCUGGGCGGGCGCUGGGACACCAACACCCAAUGUAGGUGCACGUGUGAAUGGGUGCCCCCACCCCGCCCGCUCCAUCACCACCCACCCCGUGUCCCCCCAGUGCUGACGGUGCUGCGAGCCUUCCCCUGCCGGACCCGCCUGGGCGAUGCCGAGGCCGCCGGUGCCGUGGAGGAGGAGAUCUGCCAGAGCCUGUUCCUGCGGGGGCUGUCGCUGGUGGGCUGGUACCACAGCCACCCCUUCGGCCCCGCGCUGCCCUCGCUGCACGACAUCGAUGCGCAGAUGGACUACCAGCUCAAGCUGCAGGGCAGCGGCAACGGCUUCCAGCCCUGCCUGGCCCUCAUCUGCGGACCCUAUUACCACGGGAACCCCGGCAUGGAGUCCAAAAUCGCACCCUUCUGGGUGAUGCCACCCCCCGAGCAACGGCCCAAUGACUACGGCAUCCCCAUGGACGUGGAGGUGGCCUAUAUCCAGGACGGGUUCCUCACCAACGAUGUCCUGCAGGAGAUGACGCUGCUCGUGGACUUCUACAAGGGAGCCCCCGACCUGGUGAAGUUCCAGGAGCUCUGGAGCCAGGAUCAGACCUACCUGGACAAGCUGAAGGGCUCGCUGGCCUCCCGCACCCCCAAGGACCAGAGCUGCAGCCACGUCCUGGAGCAGAUCCUCAGCCUGCUCAAGCUCAGCGGCUGAGGGAGCAGGAGCCCCUCGACUCGGAGCAGGCGCCGGGCGCAGCUCGGCUCAGCAGCCCCCGGCCCGUGGGGUGCAGCCAGACCCGGUGUGGGGCAGCGCCCACCCUGGGGGGCUCAGCGGGGGGCUCCCGGCACCCCCUGCCCUGCCCUGGAGGUGCCGUGGGGC